AUGGGUUCAGACACAGCGACAAUACCCGGACCCCCAGGGCUUCCAUUCCUAGGAAACAUCUCGGACAUCGAUGCCGAAACUCCCAUUCAGUCGCUUUGCAAUCUCACAGACACAUAUGGUAGUCCGAUAUGGAAGUUUAACCUUGCAGGCAACGAACGUAUCGUGAUCAGUUCACAAGCGUUGAUGGAUGAGAUUUGUAACGAGGAACGCUUCUCAAAGAUUAUUGCAGCUGCAUUAGAACAAGUCCGUAACGGUGUGCAUGAUGGGUUGUUCACAGCACAUGGCCCACAAGAAGAGAACUGGGGGGUUGCGCAUCGUGUAUUGCUUCCCCAGCUCGGCCCUUUGGCCAUUCGCAACAUGUUUCCCGAGAUGCACGACAUUGCCUCACAACUCGUCAUGAAGUGGGCUCGCCAUGGACCUAAUCACACGAUUAAAGUCACCGACGACUUCACAAGGCUCACGCUGGAUACAAUUGCGCUCUGUGCGAUGGACUACCGCUUCAACUCAUACUACUCCGAAAGCAUGCACCCCAUGAUACAGGCCAUGGCCGACUUCUUGAAAGUCAGCGGAGAUCGCGCGCGAAGAGACGUGGUCACACAGAUGUUCUACCGCGCGGAAAGCCAAAAGUACCAAGACGACAUCGAACUACUCCGAAAAACAAGUUUCGAAGUGAUCAACACACGCAAGCAAAACCCCACAGAUAAGAAGGACCUUCUCAAUGGAAUGUUGAAAGGUGUGGAUCCAAAGACUGGCAAGACGAUGUCGGACGACAGCGUGGUUGACAACAUGAUCACAUUCCUCAUCGCUGGACAUGAGACUACAUCUGGCCUCCUUUCCUUCACAUGGUACUACCUGCUAAAGAAUGCUGCCGCGUAUGAAGCAGCACAGCAAGAAGUUGACAACGUCAUCGGCAAGGACCCAAUCACUGUUGACCACCUCACCAAACUACCGUACCUGAACGCAGUACUGCGAGAGUCGUUGCGAUUGUCGCCAACAGCUCCGUCGGUUGGAAUCACCGCCAAGGAAGAUACUGUCAUUGGUGGCAAAUACCCCGUGAAGGCCAAUGUGCCACUCAUCGCACUCUUCCCUAAGAUUCAUCGCGAUCCUGCCGUCUAUGGGGAGGAUGCUGAAGAGUUUCGACCCGAGCGAAUGUUAGAUGAGGAGUUCAACCGUCGUGAGAAAGAGCAUCCGAACUGUUGGAAGCCUUUCGGCAACGGUAUGAGAGGCUGCAUCGGCCGACCAUUCGCUUGGCAAGAAGCAUUGUUGGUAAUGGCCAUGCUCUUGCAAAACUUCAAUUUCUCUAUGGAAGACCCAUCAUAUCAACUCCAGAUCAAGCAGACGCUUACUAUCAAACCGAAAGACUUCUACAUGCGCGCACACCUCCGCAGUGGCGUAUCCGCGACAGCUCUUGAGCGAGCCCUGGCUUCAGCUACACUCAACGAUCCACCACCGGCCCACGGUGCGCCACAGGUACGGAAAGAAAAGUUGGCGAAGGGCAAGCCGAUGUCCAUCUACUACGGCUCCAACAGCGGUACUUGCGAGGCUCUUGCUAACAGGCUGGCGAGUGACGCCGCAAAUCACGGCUUCAGAGCUGAUAUUGUCGAUACUCUAGACGCUGCGAAGGACAAUCUACCAACAGACAGACCCGUUACUAUCGUCACAGCUUCGUACGAGGGCCAGCCGGCUGACAAUGCUACACAUUUUGUUCAAUGGGUCGGAACGCUAGAGGAGAACGAGCUCAAGGACGUGACAUACGCUGUGUUCGGCUGCGGACACCGUGACUGGGCGAAGACCUUCCACAAGAUACCGAAGUACCUCAAUCAAGAGCUGGAAAAAGCUGGCGGUACACGCCUUGUGGACAUGGGAUCCGCCGAUGCAGCUCAAGGAGACAUCUUCACAGAGUUCGAGACCUGGGAGGAUCAAGUGUUCUGGCCUGCUGUACGGGAGAAGUAUGGCUCAUCGGAAGUUGAAGGUGAGGGCUCGCUGGAGGCUAGCCUUGACGUUGAGAUCUCGACACCACGAUCUUCAACACUGCGCCAAGAUGUCCGUGAGGCACGCGUUGAAGAAGUGCAGGUACUCUCUGGCUCAGGCGUUUCUGAAAAGAGGCAUAUCGAGAUCAGCUUACCUUCGGACAUGACAUACUCAGCCGGCGACUACCUUGCUAUUCUUCCCUUGAACCCCAAGGAGAACAUUCAUCGCGCCAUGAGAUACUUUGGAUUGUCCUGGGACAGCAUGCUUACUCUCUCCUCGGCUGGACCUACCACCCUACCUGUUGACCAACCCAUCAGUGCUAUCGAUGUCUUCGGAGCUUACGUUGAGCUUGCACAGCCAGCUAGCAAGCGUAAUGUGCAUGCACUGGCGGACGCGACACGCGAUGAAGCUACUCAGAAGGAGCUUUCACGCCUUGCCGAGGAUGCCUUCGCUGAAGAGAUCACAGCCAAGCGAGUUUCAAUUUUGGACUUGCUCGAGCGAUUCCCUUCAGUUCAGCUGCCACUUGGUGUCUUCCUGAAGAUGCAACCACCCAUGCGCGUCCGCCAGUAUUCCAUCUCUUCCUCGCCGCUUUGGAACCCAAACAACAUCACACUCACUUAUGCGGUUGUCGAUCAGCCGGCAUUGAGCGGUCAAGGACGCUUCGUCGGUGUUGCAUCAAAUUACCUAUCACAUCUUGCGACUGGCGACAAGCUGCAUGUCAGUGUACGAUCAAGUCACCAAGCCUUCCACCUGCCCAAGGACGCGAAGAAUGUGCCUGUCAUUAUGAUCGCCGCUGGUACAGGUCUCGCACCCUUCCGCGGCUUCAUCCAAGAACGCGCUGCCCAGCUUGCCGCUGGCCGCGAGCUGGCACCCGCACUGCUCUUCUACGGCUGCCACAGCCUCGACAGCGACCUCCUUUACGCCGACCUGCUCAAGCGCUGGGAGCAGCUUGGCGCAGUGUCUCUCCGCUUCGCGUUCUCUCGCACUCCUGAUCAGUCCGAAGGGUGCAAGUAUGUGCAAGAUCGCUUGUACCAUGACAGGCAAGAGAUCGUUGAGCUUUUUGAAGCUGGUGCGAAACUCUUUGUAUGCGGCAGCAGGGACGUGGGCGAUGGUGCACAGGAGACCUUGAUCAAGAUCGCGAAAGAGACCAAGAUGAUGAAGGAAGGCAGGGAGGUGGAUGAUCAGAAGGCACGGGAAUGGUUUGAAGGUUUGCGGAAUGAGAGGUUUGCGACAGAUGUGUUCGCGUAAUUACGGCUGUUCGCUUCUUUGUCUCAGCUCAGAAUGGCCGAUACAGUAUCGAAACCUAUGAAACCGCACAUGUCUUUGCGUUAAACUACCCAUACAUAAAGAUUACGUUUGGUCAAGUGAAAGAUCGCCUUAGCUUCGCUACUGUUGGUGGC